AUGGGGAAAUGCAUUUUAGGUACAAGCAGCAUACUAAUUAAGAGAUAUAGUAGCACCAAGUGUGUUACUAAAUUUUCGCCGCUAUGUGAAAAUUACAAGACUUUAAGACAUAUUCAUUUCCCAGGUAUUACUCCAUUCGCAGAAGGCCAAAAAAUUCAAAAUGCUAUGGUGAAUGCCAACCUAGAUUUCAAGAAACUAGAAUCAAAGAUCAAAAAGCAGCAAAAUGAGAUAGCAUCACAAGGCUAUCAAUUGAAUGAAUACGAAGAUAAUUUAUUAAAAAAAAUACUUGAUAUGAAACCUUUCCCAACUUUGUUAACUUUCGAGUUCGAGAAUGUUUAUACUGGAGGCAAGAAAAUGAAAAAAGAUCAGGAAAUAAGUUCAAAAAUUGAAGAAUAUGAAGCAAUGGGAUGUAAAUUUUAUCAGCUAGAAAGAGGGGGCCAGGUGACUUGGCAUGGUCAAGGUCAAUUAGUAGCAUAUGUCAUCUUAGAUUUAAAACAAUUUCUGAAUUUAUCUGUUAAAUGCUUCGUUGAUUCGGUUUUAUUGAAGGCUAUCAAAGAAACUCUAAAAAAGAAUUAUAAUCUUGAAAGUUUCACGAACGAAAAUCCAGGAGUUUUUAUAUCAGAAAAAGAUCACAAGAUAGCGUCUGUCGGCUGUAAUAUCCAAAGAGCCAUUACAUCAUACGGUAUCGCUUUGAACAUUUUUCCAGAUUUAAAAUUCCUCAAUACUUCUACCAUGUGUGGUUUGCCCGGGGUUUCUGCUACUUCCAUUAAAAAAUUGAAACCUGAGACCGAUGUUUCUAUUAAAGAUGCAGGGUUUCAGUAUGCGAAAGAAUUAGCGAAGUUACUCAACAUAACGACGGUCGAGCAUAUGAGUGGAGAAGACUUAAAAUUAUAA